ACAGGUAACGGACGUGUACGUUCCACUUAAAUAAAAUAAAUUACGUACGUUUUAUCUUAGUUAUCUGUUAGCGCAUGGAUUGAAUCAAAUCGAGAGUGUACAGUGACAUUUAAAAAAUUAUAAAUGACGCAAUUGUGAUACGUGAUGAAACUUUUCGUUUAAUUUUCCAAGGAUGUUUAUCACUUUCGCAAUUAUCAGCUUGCUUAUAAAAGAAUCAAUGCUACUUAGAAUAGUAAGAGUAGCGGUACCAUCGUAUAAAGUAAGAGGACAGCCGGCACAGUUGGAUUGUGACUAUGAGUUAGGGGAUGAUAAACUUUAUUCAGUGAAAUGGUAUCGAGAUAAUGAAGAAUUCUAUCGCUACAUGCCUAAGUUUGAUCCCCCAAAGCAUGCGUAUAAAUUAGACGGAAUAAAAGUCGAUUUACUAAAAUCUGAUGAUCGGAGAGUUAUCUUACAUCCAGUGACAUUGAAAUCCACUGGCCAGUACAGGUGCGAAGUCUCGGCGGAAGCGCCCAGCUUUGCCUCAGCCGCUGGUGAAGGAAGAAUGGAAGUAAUAUAUUUACCACGAGAAGGGCCGAGAAUAACUGGCAACCAACAAGAGAAUAGAAGAGGCGACUCAAUGUUUCUGAACUGUACGUCGGGUCGGUCGUACCCCGCGGCAAUACUCAGUUGGGAUAUCGACGGUGAAAAGGUGACAGACCCGGCGCUGCUCGUUGAAUACCCACAUAUUCAACACCAGCACGGAUUGGUGUCGACCGCCCUGGGCCUGCGUGUUCCCACGGGCCGCACCAUGCAAGUGCGCUGCACCGCACGAGUGGCGCCCUCUUGGCGGGAGGGGAGCGAAGCUGUCGUCGGCAACAGUCAGCUCGCCGAUAGCAAAGAAGCCAUGUUAUUAGUGAAAAGUUCAAGCGGAGGGUGUACACUAAAUGUAAUGUUGUUAACACUUUCCUUUAUUCAACUUCUUAGUUCUUUAAUGCAAUUAGAAACGUGAUAAAUUAUCCCUUGUCCUUUCUUAACAGAACCUUUUGAAGCGAUCACGAUUCUUGUUCAUAGUUUCGACUGAGAAAGUUUGUUGCGUAGUUUAUACCUGUU